ACUCGAGGUUCGAUCAUUAGACGGAGACAGCGAGAACCGCGCCGCGGCCGAGCGACGAGGAGGAGGCGACGUGUCGCGUCGACUCCGGAGAGAGGCGAAGAGUGGUCGAGCGUGUAGGCGUAGAGGGGCGCCGAAUCUAAACCCGAUAACGAACCAGCUGGUGGCAGUGCCGUCGUACGACGUUUACGUGGAGGUACGACCUUCGCGAAAAUCCAUUUCCCGGUGGGCCACGGUCGGCGGUUCGUUGGGUCGAUCGUGGAGAACGUUUCGAAGAUCGAGGAGUCGUCCGUGGAGGGAAGACCGAGGAAUAAGAUCGACCGUGCGGAGAGUGUCUCGCUAACUUCGGGAUUCGGUACCUGGGAUCUCCGUGGACCUUGGGCCGAGAGAAAGGGAGAGGAGCCGUCGGGAGGACAGAGAGACAGAAACGAGAACAAACGACCAGAGGAAGGAAAAGGAAAAAAAUUCAAAUAAAAACAGAAACAUGCCGUGACCGCGCCUCGGGUGACACCAGGAUGUACUGUACAGCCGAGGGAAGUUGUUCGCGUCGAUCGUAGCGCGUACACAAGACCGCGACGCGACAAAUGUCGUAGGGUACUCGUUAUCUGGUGCCUCUCAGGUGUGUGCGUGCGUGCGUGAAGUCGUGUGUGCCCGUGGCGGCCGCUGAGCUGCUCACCUCCGCUCCGUACCUGACCUGACCCAGGCCACCUGGACCGAGCCGCGAUGACUACGAGGGAGCUGUACGUUAAGGGUGGUAGGGUGUGGGUGCCGCAUCCGGAGAAGGUCUGGGAAGGCGCAUUGCUGCUCGAGGAUUACAAGCUAAACCAACGGAACUUGAAGGUCCGCACGGACGACUCGAAUCAGAUAAAGAUUUUGGAAAUUAAAUCGGGCACCGAUCUGCCGCCGUUACGGAACCCGGAUAUUCUCAUCGGGGAGAACAAUUUAACGUCACUGUCGUUCCUCCACGAGCCGGCUGUCCUCUACAAUCUUCAGAUACGAUUCCAAAGGCAUUGCAUUUACACUUACUGCGGGAUCGUGUUGGUCGCGUUCAAUCCGUACAAUGAGCUUCCAAUCUACGGGAAUGACACGAUCUGGGCGUACAGGGGGCAGGCGAUGGGCGAUUUGGAGCCCCACAUAUUCGCAGUUGCUGAAGAAGCUUACACGAAAUUGGAAAGGGAGGGCCACGAUCAAUCGAUCAUCGUUUCCGGGGAGUCCGGCGCGGGUAAAACCGUGUCUGCCAAGUAUACGAUGCGAUAUUUCGCGACUGUGGGCGGUUCGACGACCGAGACACAGGUGGAGAAGAAGGUGCUCGCCUCGUUGCCUAUCAUGGAGGCGAUCGGUAACGCGAAGACAACGAGGAACGACAAUUCAUCGAGGUUCGGCAAGUUCAUCGAGAUCCAGUUUAACAAGCAUUAUCACAUAACCGGGGCCAGCAUGAGGACCUAUCUGCUCGAGAAGUCCAGGGUCGUGUUUCAGGCGAAUGAGGAAAGGAAUUAUCACGUAUUUUACCAAAUGUGCGCAGCCGCGUCCCGCCUCCCGCACUUGCAUCUAGGUCAUCAGAAUAAGUUUCACUAUUUGAACCAAGGAAAUAAUCCGUUGAUCGACGGUGUCGACGAUUUAACGUGCUUCGACGAGACCAUCACCGCGCUCACCAUGCUCGGUUUCUCGUCCAAGCAACAGGACGACAUGCUAUGUAUUCUAGCCGCCAUCAUACAUUUAGGGAACGUUCAGAUCACGAGUUCCGACGCCCAGAGUUCGGGCAAUGAGAACGACACCGAGGCCAGCUAUAUAUCCCCGACGGACAAGCAUCUCUUGACGAUUUGCGAGUUGUUGGGCACGGACAUGAAGGCGAUGCGAAAGUGGCUGUGCCACCGGAAGAUCGUCUCGAUGAGGGAGGUGUUCCUGAAACCGAUGAACGUCGAGCAAGCGAUCGGCGCCAGGGACGCUCUGGCGAAGCACAUUUACGCGGAGUUGUUCAAUUGGAUCGUAGCUGGGAUCAACAACUCUUUGCAGUCCCAGAACAAGCCGCAAUGCUUCAUCGGCGUCCUCGACAUUUACGGGUUCGAGACGUUCGAGGUGAACUCGUUCGAACAGUUCUGCAUCAAUUACGCGAACGAGAAGCUCCAGCAGCAGUUCAAUCAGCACGUGUUCAAGCUGGAGCAAGAGGAGUACCUCAGGGAGGAGAUCGAGUGGACCUUCAUCGACUUCUACGACAAUCAACCCUGCAUCGAUCUGAUCGAGACCAAGCUGGGCAUACUGGACCUGCUGGACGAGGAGUGCAGAAUGCCGAAAGGCUCGGACAGUUCCUGGACGGAGAAGCUUUACGCUAAGUGCGGGAAGUCGAAGCACUUCGAGAAACCACGGUUCGGCACGUCUGCUUUUCUCAUCCACCACUUCGCCGAUCGCGUGCAGUACGAGACAAUUGGCUUCUUGGAGAAGAACAGGGACACUGUGAUCGAGGAGCAGGUCGACGCCCUGCGAAACGGAGAAAAUAAACUAUUGAAAAAGCUUCUGAGCGAAGAAGACCCGAAGCUCUCAGUGCCCUCGAACGUGAGGGUGAAGGUGUCUGCCCACAAGCCGAUGCCUCCCACGCCUAAGCAGAACAAGAAGACGGUGGGAUCGCAGUUCCGGGAUUCCUUGAACAUGUUAAUGGCCACAUUAAACGCGACCACGCCGCACUACGUGCGCUGCAUCAAGCCCAAUGAUACAAAGGAAGCUUUCGAGUACAAUCCCGUGCGCGCGGUGCAACAAUUGCGAGCUUGCGGUGUGCUCGAGACCAUUAGGAUAUCCGCGGCCGGAUUCCCCAGUCAGAGGACGUACGGCGAGUUCUUCCUUAGGUACAGGUGUCUGUGCAAGUUCAAGGAUAUACGUCGCGACGACCUGAAGGAAACCUGCAGGCGUAUUCUGGCAAGGUACAUUCAAGACGACGACAAGUUCAAAUUCGGUAAGACAAAGGUCCUCUUCCGAGCUGGUCAGGUGGCCUACUUGGAGAAGCUGCGAGCGGAGAGACAGCGAGACGCUUGUAUAAUGAUCCAGAAGACGGUCCGCGGUCUGAUCUAUCGUAACAGGUACAGGAAGAUCCGCCGCGCGGUGCUGGGUCUCCAGAGGCACGGCAGAGGUUACAUCGCCAGACAAAAGGCUCAGGCGGUGAGGGAGGAAAGGGCCGCGAUAAAGAUACAAGCCCGCGUGAAGGGCUGGCUGAAGAGGCGCCAGUAUCUCAAGAUCAAGCGCACAAUCAUCGGCAUCCAGAAGUACGGCAGGGGCAAGAUGGCGAGGGAGAGGUACAAGCUGAUGAGGGACAACGCCGCCGCGAUCACGGUCCAGCGAUUCUGCAGGGGUUACCUCGUGCGGAUGGCCUGUAAAAAGAGAUUGGAGAACAUUAUAAUCGUCCAGGCCUGUGUCAGGAGGUUCCUGGCGAAGAGGCUGUUCAAGAGGCUGAAGGCCGAGGCCAGGAGCGUGGAACACGUGAAGUCGUUGAACAAGGGAUUAGAGAAGAAGAUCAUCACGCUGCAGCAGAAGAUCACAGAGCUGUCGAAGGAGAACCAAUCCUUGAAGAACGUCCAGAACGAGAUGAUAGACUUGAAGCACAAGCUGGAGAGUCUGAAGUCCGUGGACGCUGAGAACAAGAAGCUGAAUCUCAUAUUGGUAGAGAAAGAGAAGGAAUUGGAGAAGAUGCUGGACGCGGUGAAGACGGAGAGGGACGAGAAGAUGGACAUCUUGCAGGACAAGGAGAGAAGUACUCAGGAGAAGAACGAAGAGAACAGAAAGCUUCAGAUCGAGAUAGAGAAGCUGAGGAAGGACUUGUCGGUAGCUUCGGAGAAGCUGAAGAACAAUCAGCGGGGUGCUGAGGAGAAUUUGAAGCACCGAUUAGAGCAAGAGAAGGAUCUCCUCCUGCUGGAUCAGGAUCAGGAUCGCGGCGCCUAUCAGAGGUUGCUGAAGGAGUUCCACGAGCUGGAGCAGCACGCGGAGAUGCUGGAGCAGAAGUUAGCGAUGCACGCUCCGGCGCAUUCACGUUCGCUCAGCAAUGCUUCCAGCAGCAGUGGGCAGAUCGUGUCCACGGAGCUUCCGCAGGACGAUCAGAAUCUCGAUCUGGGUUACGGAUCGGUGCGAUCCACGGCUUCCUCCUCGGCUCCUUACUCAAGGGUGGAGACGAUCGACUGGAACCAGCAGCGAUCGGACAGCCCGCCUGACGGAGAGGUGCAAACUCAUAAAUCACCUCCAGAGACGAACGGACCGGCCCACGCGCCAGUGGACAUCGGUCUGGUGCUGAAACUUCAGCAGAAGUUGAAGGACGUCGAGAAAGAGAAGGGAAGAUUAAUCAGAAUGGUGGAGGAUUUGGAGAAGGACGCACCUGAAGAAACUUCGAGGAUGCAGGACACGUUCAGGCUCCAAGAACUAGAAAUGGAGAACGCUCAGCUGAAGAAGGAUUUAGGCACGCUGAGGAAAAGCGUAUCCUCGGUGGGCCUGACGGGUGCACAACAGACUCUCAUGGGGCAAUUCGACGCGCUCCAGGAGGAACUCGAGAGGCGGCGCGAGGAGUGCAUACAGCUGCACAGCGUGCUGGCCGACAACACGCGGAGGAUGAAGAGUCUGGGCUCGAAUUACGGCCGGGACGUGGACAUAAUAAACGAGGACGGCGAGCUGGUGCUCGCCUUCGAGACGCAGAAGAAGAUCAACAGUAGACUUAAGACAAAGCCAAAGGCCUCAAGAGAGCAAUUAGAAGAUGAACUGCAAAUGAAGGAGAAGGGAUGGCGGGAUCAGAGGAACGAAUGGCGCGCGGAGAUCGAUCGGCUGCAGGAGGAGAUCGAGAAGCAGCAGAAGUUGCUCUCGGUGAACCUUAGCAAGUCGCCGCAGACUCAAACCGAGGCUUACAUGCAACACGAGAUUGCUAGGCUAACUACCGAGAAUUUGGAGCUGCAGGAGAAGUACGAUAAAAUAGCGGAGGAGUGCAGGAAGUUCAAGAAACAGUGUAAAAUACUGGCGAAACGUCUCCGGGAUGCCGGUUGUGAGUAUGAUGAGGGAGACGAUUCUAAGGAACAUAGGGAUCGCCCUUAUGUUACGAGGGGCACUGUGCCGGAUACCUCGGAGCCUGCGACAGAUUGCUCGUUAGUGUCUUCCACCGUCAAUUCGGCAGACAACGGAAGCAACAUGCCGACCAUUAAGAAGAAGGAGAGGGACUACGAGGGCAUGUUCGAGUUUAGGCAAGAGGAUGUCAAUGUUAUAAUACGUCAUCUAGUUAUCGAUUUGAAGCCCAGAGUUGCCGUGACAUUGCUGCCCGGUCUACCAGCAUACAUCUUGUUCAUGUGCAUCAGGCACACCGAUUUCAUAAACGACGACCAGAAGGUCCGUUUGCUGCUCACGUGUUACCUGAACGCCGUGAAGCGGGUGGUGAAGAAACGAGAGGACUUCGACUCGAGCGUACUCUGGCUGAGCAACACGUUGAGGUUGCUGCACAAUAUGAAACAGUAUUCCGGGGACAAACCGUUCCAGAUCGAGAACACGCCGAGGCAGAACGAACAGUGCCUGAGGAACUUCGAUUUAGGCGAAUACAGGGUUGUCCUGAGCAACAUGGCGCUGUGGAUCCUCAACAACAUCGUGACGAACCUAAAGGAGAGGAUCCAGGCGCUGACAGUGCCUGCUCUUCUCGAGCACGAGGCUAUAACGGGUUUGGACCCGAAACCUGGUCGACCAAGAUCUUCAUCGGUGGGCGAGGAACCAGAAUCCACGCAGCAGAAGCUGGACAAACUGCUGGUUGAGCUCACUUCAGUGUUCAAGACCCUCCAGUAUCACGGCGUCGAUCCCGAGAUCAUCGUUCAACUUUUCAAACAGUUAUUCUACUUCAUGUGCGCCAGCGCUUUGAACAAUUUGCUAUUGAGGAACGAACUGUGCCAGUGGACGAAGGGGAUGCAGAUCAGGUACAACCUCAGCCAUCUGGAGCAAUGGGGAAGGGACCGGCGACUGGAACAGGCCUCCGAGGCUCUUCAACCUCUGAUCCAAGCGGCCCAGCUGUUGCAAGCUCGGAAGUCGGACGAGGACGUGAACUCCGUUUGCGAAAUGUGCAACAAACUGACGGCGAACCAGAUCGUCAAGAUUCUGAACCUGUACACGCCUGCCGAUGACUUCGAGAGCCGAGUCCCGGUCUCGUUUAUCAGGAAGGUUCAGGCUAAGCUGAGCGAGCGCGGCGAGAACAACGAACAGUUGCUAAUGGACCUAAUGUACUCGUACCCAGUAAGGUUCCCAUUCAAUCCGUCGGACAUUCGAUUAGAGGACAUCGAAAUACCGGAAGUACUUCAUUUGCCCAUGCUCAAGAAGGUGUAAUCAUAGCUGCGAAGAAACUUAGUGGCCCCGCUGCGCAUGUAACUUUUAGUUGAGUAACAAAUAAUCAAAUUCGCAUAGCCUAUUUAUUAACGAAGCCAAAAAAAAAUGAGAAAA